CCCCUGGGAACUUCCUGACCAACAGUUCCUAAUGGGGUGUUCUACACCUGGUACUUGGAUUUUCAUUUACUAUCCUGUGGCUCUGGAAUCUCAUCACCCACCAGAACAUGAAUUCAUAAUGACAACUGUCACGGUGACCACAGAAGUUCCCCCAAGAGCUAAGACAGAAGGUGAUUCUGUCUCGUAUGGAUCUUCAUCAGCUCACAUUAUUGAAGAAACCGAGUACGUGAAAGAGAUCCGAAGUACCCUGGAAAAGAUCCGAAAUCACAUGUUUAAAGAUGAAGAAGGACACAACAAUGCAAAUUACAAAGUAGAUGCAGAGCCACCUGGAAACAUGCAGAAUGGCUCAGAUUCCACAGCAGACCACACCUGUUUGGAUUUGCUCAUGGAAAACAUGAGAAGAAAAGACCAGCAGCUCCUGGAAAUGAACAGAGAGAAUGAAAUGUUGAAAAUCAAGCUGGAAGCUUCCCGAGAGGCAGGAGCAGCCACUUUGAGAAACGUGGCCCAGAGGUUAUUUGACAACUACCAAACGCAUUCUGAAGACAUGAAGAAAAAGCAUGAGGACAGUAAACGUUUACUUCAGAUCAACAACCUUGAAAAAGAGCAGACGUUAAAGCAUCGUGCUGAAAAUCUGAGUCAACUUUCAGAAAAACUUGAAGAGAAGCAUGUUCAAAUCAUAGGACUGGAGAACCGUGUACAGAGGAUGGAAAACGAAAAGAAAACACUCCUAGAGAGAAAAUUGUGUUUGGAAAACAAGCUGCUGCAACUCAAGUCCAAUGAUGCACAUUCGAAAAGUUGCCAGGGUCUUCAGACAGAGAUUUCCAUCCUCCAGGAGCAGAUCUGUCAUCUGCAGUUCGUGAUUCACUCCCAGCACCAGAGCCUGCGCAGCAUCAUUCAGGAGAUGGAAGGAUUAAAAAAUACUUUAAAGGAACAAGAUAAAAAAAUUGAAAAUUUGAAAGAAAAGGUCUACAUCCUUGAAUCUCAGAAUAAGGAACUGAAAACCAAGGUGGCAUGUUGGACUGACACUCCUAAGACAUCACUAUCUAAGGCUGUUUCUACAGGGGUCUCUACUGAAGAUCCCGCUGGCCGGGAAAACUGGCGCCCAAUGUGGGGCUCUGGGAUGUGGAACAGUGAUGAAUGUCAUCACAGACCAAGGCAGGCCUGCCUAAGAGUUGGACCAUCGUGGAAGACGGCUCCACGAGCGAAGGUCCGGUCAGUGAUCGCCACGGAAACCCCCGGCCGUGAGUCAGAUCUGAAGAUGGCUCUACAAGCAAAGGUCCCAGCAGUGAUCGCCACAGAAACGCCUGGCCGUAAGUCAGAUCUGAAGACCGCUCCACGAGCCCGGCGGCCAUGAGUCAGAUCUGAAGACGGCUCCACGAGGGAAGGUCCGGUCAUUGAUCGCCACUUAAACACCUGGCUGUGAGUCAGAUCUGGAGAAGUUUUAACGUGACAACGCAAGUGAAUUCAAGUCUGAAGGUGCUUCUCCCUAUCUGAUGCUGAUCAGGCUACGGAAGUGAACCGGCUGGAUGAAGCUUUGAUGGAAGAGGACUAUGAGGAUCUUAUUUAUUCCUUGAAAUGCAGUUUCACCUCCCAAGAUAAAACGACACCAUGCCAAUGUUUAUUUAAAUGUAACUUAUUGUACAUCAAUACAAUUUAUAAGAAGGUGAUAUUACAGGCAAUUCAACAAAUGUCUGCUGGAGAGAAGAAGCCCCCCCCCCAUUUUCAAAGCUUAAGUUAAGAAACCAGGUAUCUGCCCCUCACCCUGGGCCAUGGCUGAGGGGAGACCCCUUAAGACCUGGAAUGUGUAUGUGCUCACUCUCUUGGCUACCUCGUGAUCCUGGAUGCUGGAUGCUGGUAUUUCGAACCAAAUCAGAGUUCUCCAGAGAACCUCGUUGGACCGGGCCUCAUCUCUCCUGGAUCCUGUAACCAACUGCCUUUGCUUAUUGUAAAUUAACUCGAAAUAAACCCCUUUUGACUAUCA